UACCCUAAGAAUGUGAAACAAAUAUUUGCUCUGCUUUCAGUACUGUUAGUCAUCAUCUCGUCCCGUCCUGAUGAGGAAUUUAACAGUAAUUCUGGUAAACGUGUUCCUGCUGACCUCAACUGUGAUUUCAAAGAUUGUGGCAACGGCUCUGAUGAGGAAUUUUGUGGCUCAUGCGACUUUGAGGAUCACUCCUGUGGUUGGAAAGAUGUUAGUCAGACCUCUUAUUCCUGGAGAAGGCAGAUGGCAAACAUUACCUUAAUACCUGGACAGGACCAUACCACAGGAAGUUCAUGGGGUCAUGUAAUGCAUAUAGAUGGUAAGGAAGGAGGUGGGAUUUUUUCAGAUGCUGAUUUGGAAUAUUCUGUUGACCAGGGAGCUGCUCUGGGAUGCCAGAUUAGGUUUUGGUACCAUAUUUAUGAUCAAGAAUCAUCAUCGCUCCCAUCAAGAUCAGCUCUUACAGUAAAAGUGAUCAGAGACCACACUGAAACAGAUUUACUGAAGAUUUCUGGUGAAACAGAUGGUUGGGAGAAUGCCACAGCGUUAAUUGGAAAUCAGCCAGGAGGAUACAAGCUACUGUUUUCAUUCAGUCUUUCAUUUUUGGAAAAACUGGAUGUUAUGCUGGAUGAUAUCAACUUUGAAUACUGUAAAGAGGGGGAAGUCCCAGCUGGAGGUACAGACAACCUUUCAUGUGACUUUGAAAAGGAUACCUGUGCAUGGUACCAUGACUACAGAGCCAGUCUCUUGUGGGAAAAGAGUAAAGGUGGAUAUGAUCGCCCAACUGGGAAUGGCUACUACAUGCUCAUAGAAGCUAAACGAAACCUAAACAUCUCAUCGGCAGCCAGACUCAUUAGCUUUCCUCAGCCUGCGGAUCAAGUGCUUUGUGUGAGUUUCUGGUACCACAUAUUUGGCAACAGCAUUGGCUCACUCAAGUUUAUUGCAAAGCAUUCUGGUGAGCCAGAGACAGUUAUGUGGAUGAGAAGUGGCACCCAAGGAAACAAAUGGCAUUAUGCUGAUCUUACCUUCAACAGCGACAAACCAAUACAGUUUAUUAUAGAAGCUGUUACGGGAGGUGAACAAGGGAGCAUAGCCAUUGAUGACGUAGUGGUGUUCAGCGGCGAAAAUGGUUCUUGUCCACCAGAGAGAGAGUGCACCUUCCAGGGCUCCCUUUGUGGUCUGCUGCCUCACCAAUCUGCAAACUUCAGCUGGGACCGGAUCACCGGAGAGUCCCAACCAGCCCUCUCUUCAGGCCCCAGAGUGGAUCACACACUGGGGACAGAUCAAGGUUAUUACCUGAGCGCCCAGUUGUGGAGCCAUCCUGUGGGGUCCAGAGGUGCAAUGACGAGCGCGGUGCUCAAGCCUACCCCUUCAAAGGGGGAAUGCCUAAUGUUCUGGUACUACAUGGAGGGAAAUGGCGUGGGAGAGCUAAAUGUGUAUCUUCAAACCCUCAGCAGCCACAAAGAUCCCCUCAAGCUGUGGACCAGAGCAGGUGAUCAGGGGAAGCACUGGAGGCAUGGAAGAGUGACACUUCUCAGUCCUCAUAGCACAUAUCAGGUGAUUUUUGAGGCAAUAGUUGGGGAUGAACCAAGCAGAGAUAUUGCCAUUGACGACCUCAUAGUCCUGAAUGAUGCAUGUCCUCCGACGGGUUUUUGUGACUUUGAGAGGGACUUCUGUGGUUGGGUCAACAAUCCUCCCCCAGAGUUUGGAGUUGAGUGGGAUUGGCUCUCUAGCAAAAGUGAUGGCUCAAUGAUUCCACCCAGAGACCACACCACAGAAUCUGCUUUAGGCCACUUUGCAUUUUUCGUGGCAUCCAAUUCUGAUAAAGAAGAAAUUGCCCAACUGGAGAGUGAAUCAAUGGCAGCUGUUGACCAAGCUUGUCUGGAGAUAUGGCACUAUGUUGGAACAUGGCUAUCAACUAGGCCUUCAGCCAUUACACUAACAGUGUUUGUCAAUGAGCCUGCUGGACUGCGUGCUGUGUGGAAUACAAGUGGAUUUUCUAAUAACAAUUGGAUCAGAGACAGGGUGGAUUAUAGCGCAUCAGGCCCUCACCAGAUUAUUUUACAAGCCAGGUGUCCCGCCUCAACAGAUGACAGCUUUUCCCUGGAUGACGUUCACAUAAUCAGGAACAUGUCUUGUGAUGACCUCAUUCCAACCACUACACCAUACCCAACCACCACCAUGACCAGUGCUCCUGCCUCUGCCAUGGACUGCACCUUUGAAGAAGGUCUGUGUAACUGGGUCCAGGAGGUCAAUCAUGAUUUGAACUGGACUCUCAGUAUUGGACUUCCAGUUGAGCGACCAUGGGAUGGACCUCAGUAUGAUCAUACUGUUGGGAAUAAUGAAGGUUUCUUUCUACUUAUUAAUGGAUUUGGAUCUAAGGAUGGUGAAAAAGCAGUCAUCUCUGUUCCUGUCAUUACUCGUGCAUCACCAAUCUGUGUUGAUUUCUGGUAUCACAUGCUCGGGCCUUCAGUGUCAAACCUGGAUCUGCUGGUUCAAACAAAAUCAUCUGAACACUUAGUUUGGACUCGUCGGGGAACGCAGAAUCCAGAGUGGAUGAAUGCGAAAGUAACCCUCAGCAUGAAUGACAUAGUACAGAUUGUGUUUAGUGGUCAAAGAGAUACCAGCAGUCAAGGAUUCAUUGCUAUUGAUGAUGUUAAAGUUAGAGAGGGGGCCUGCAGUAAUCACGAUGCGUGUGGGUUUGACUCGGACUUGUGUGGCUUUGAGAAUGAUGUGAGUCAUUUGGGUCGCUGGAUUCGCAGAAAAGGAACAAAGCAUCAUGUGGAUCACACAUAUGGAACUGAGAAUGGUUUCUACAUGAUGGUAAAUUCUACACAGGAUGAGAUCGCUGAGCUGUUCACACCAGAUUUACCUUCAGUUAAAGAAAUGUGUGUGCGCUUCUGGUACUGGUUACCCACAGACUCAUCUAGCAACCUCGCUAUCCAUAUAAGACAAAGCGCAGAAGUUGGUGAUGUCCUCUGGCAGCAGACUGGAGGGCUCUCUACAGGGUGGGAGGUGGCAGAGGUCACGGUGUCAUCACCUACAAAAUUCAAUGUGGUGUUUAAGGCUGUUCAUGUGCAUGGCACGAAUACCACAGUGAAAAUCGAUGACUUUUCUGUGAGGGACGGAGCCUGUAGUCCUCCGGGUAGCUGUGACUUUGAGUCUGGACAAUGCACCUGGGUCAACAUCCUCCAAGAAGACGGACAUGACUGGGUGCUGGCCAGAGGAGGCUUCCACGGUCCACCAACAGACCAUACCACACAGAGCCCGGAGGGUCGGUUCCUGUUGAGCUCGUCACCAAACCAAAGUCACAGCAGUGUUGCACAGGUAGUGUCUGAAUGGAUCCAACUUAAAGAUACCACAUCCUGUCUCACUUUAUGGUACCACAUGGACAACAGCGACUCCGGGACUUUGCAGGUGUUCAUACGUUCAGGGCCGUCAGACGAGGAUCUGAUGUUCCACAGUAACAGCAGUGAGAGCCGCUGGGGCAAGUUCUCUCACUCUGUAGAGACGUCCAAACCUUUCCAGCUGCUGAUCGAGGCAGAGACUAGCAGAGGAUUCAUUGCCAUUGAUGACAUUGGUCUCACACCAGGCCUCUGUCAAGUUAAUGAAACAAAUUUAGGGUUUGCGGGUUGCUCGUUUGAGAAUGGCACAUGUAACUGGGAGGACAUCAGUGUUGGCCAGUGUCGGUGGAUGAGAGGAAGGAACGUUACUGGGAAUACAGGACCACCCGUGGACCACACUCUGGGCAAUAAUCUUGGUUGGUACAUGGCAGUGGAACCUAUCCGGGGUGAUCAAAUGAGCCCUGCUACCCUCCAGAGUCCCUUCAUGAAACAGGCUAGCACCACCUGCAUACUGCACUUCUUCUACAACAUGUAUGGAGGUCACUACAUUAUACCUGGAACUCACCUGACUGCAAGUGGCGAGACAGCAGAGAUUCUGUCCAAAACUUUAUUGCCCAGCUUUAAUUGCACUGUGAGAUUCUUCUACUUCAGCCUGAAUGAUGCUUCAGGCCGACUAACUGCACAGUCCAGGACUCUACGGUCCGGUAGUGACGACAGAGUUUUAUGGACCAGGGAAGCAUCACAAAGCUACAGCUGGCAGAGAGCCGAGGUUACGUUGUCCUCCGCAGCCAGCAGCAAGAUUGCCUUUAGGUAUGAGCUCGGCGGCGGUCCCAGAGGUCUGGUUGCACUGGACGAUGUAUCUUUCUCCAGGGAUUGUGUAUUUGACCCCGACAACAGCGAGCUACCUGACCUGUCGUCGACCUCUGCCCCACCAUCAACCUCUAACACACCCACUUCUCCACACUUGACCUCUACUGCACCAAUAAACCCCUGUCAGGAUAAUGAGUUUUUUUGCUGGCAGUCACCGGAAAAAGUGUGUAUUCUGGCUACCUUACAAUGUAACUAUCAUCUAGACUGCCCGCAGGGGGAAGACGAAGCCGGCUGUGGUCCGUGCACAUUUGAGAAUGAUCAGUGCCGAUGGACUGAUGUUAGCGAUGGACAGAGCAAGUGGCAGAGGCAGCGAGCCAGUAACAACACUGAGCCACCCACUGAUCACACUGCAGACACAGGCUACUACAUGAGAGUUAAUUUCAGUAAGGGGUCUACACAGAGUGAAGCUCAACUCGAGAGUCCCCCGCUGUCUCCUUCGUCCCCCUACUGCCAGAUUCGGUUUCACUUCCACAUCAGUGCAGAGAGCGCUGGGUCACUCAGAGUGCUUAUGCAGCAAGCUGGAGGGAGUGAAGCAAUCUUGUGGUCACGUAGUCACAGCACCGUCUCUCAUUGGAGCCCGGAGCAUCUGCCUCUCGGCCUGCACCAACAGCCUUAUAAGGUGUUUGAUUUUGCCUCCUCUCAACAAUGAAAAAUGUACACGGGAACUGCUUCUCAUGUUGUUGCUGUGGAUGAUAUCUCUUUCCUAAACUGUGAAAAACCCUACCAACCUCCAGCUCUGGCAUCCUUUGGCUGUUCUUUUGAAGAUGGCCUGUGUGCUUGGGUUCAGGGGGCUGAGGAUCAGCUGGACUGGCUUAGCGGGGCAGGUCCCACUCAAACCUCUAACACCGGGCCUGCAGGAGACCACACCAGCAGCAAAGGGAAAUACCUUUACAUUGAGAGUUCCUCACCAAGCAUAAAGGGUGAUUCAGCCCAGCUGAAGUCUUCACUGCUUCCACCUGCUGGUGAAAAAGGAUACUGUUUUUCAUUUUGGUACCACAUGUUUGGAGCCACUGUGGGUUCCCUCAAGAUGUUCCUGCAAACAUCUGAUCCCUUAGAGAAAACUCUGGUGUGGCAAAAAUCAGGAAACCAAGGAGAUGAGUGGCUGCAGGUUCAGAGCCAUGUGAACGUGCAGAAAGUCCACCAGGUUGUUCUGGAGGCAGCAGUGGGGGGAGAGGCUGGAGACAUAGCCAUCGAUGACAUCUCCUUGAGUCCUGGAGCAUGUCCUGUUUCUAAUUUGUGUGACUUUGAGGAUGGGAGCUGUAACUGGGAGCAGCAAGCAGCCGGUGAUUCUGAGUGGAUCAGACAUCAGGGAUAUACUCACAACCCUUACACAGGACCGGAGAGCGACCACACCACCAGCACACCUACGGGUCACUACUUCUACCUGCCUUCAUCCUCUACUGACCGAGCUGGCCAGAAAGCUGCAAUGUUUUCACCUCUGUACCCAGCAGACAAAGGAUCUUGCGUGCAGCUGUGGUACCACAUGUAUGGCAAAGGAAUGGGGACACUAAAUGUUUACCAGCAAAGUGAAGAUGGGAAGGAAGCUCUGAUUUUCUCUCAGACAGGAGACCAGGGCCUUCUGUGGAGGUUUGCUCAGGCUUCUCUUCUGCCUCGGCUUCAUCCUUACAGAAUUGUGGUGGAAGGUGUGAAGGCUGGCCCUACACAGGAGGGGGACAUGGCUAUUGAUGAUGUACAGCUGACUGAUGAUCAGUGUCUUCCUCGUGGAUUUUGUGACUUUGAGGACACGAUGUGUAGCUGGAGCAACCUGGGUGAAGGAGUCGACCAGGGAGACUGGCUCCGUGGCAGUGGUGGUUCCCCGAACCCACAUACAGGACCCAGUGUGGAUCACACUACUAAAUCCACACAAGGUCACUAUGUUUACGUGGACAGUUUUGUGGGUGAGUGGGGAGUCUCAUCCUUCCUGGUCAGUGAUGUUUUACAGCCCUCCACACGAGGGCACUGUCUCACAUUCUGGUACCACAUGUAUGGAAACCAUGUUGGGACCCUCCGUGUCUAUAUAAAUAACAGGAAAAUGCAGGCUGGUGGUGAUGAAGUAGGCCUAUUGAAGUGGACUGAAACAGGAAACAAGGGAGAAAAGUGGCAGAUGGCAAAUGUGUCUGUCACACAUGAUGAAGCAUUCUGGUUUGUGUUUGUGUAUCAGCGAGGCAGGACGGCAGGUGGGGACGUUGCUCUUGAUGAUAUCACCAUCAUCCCAGGCAGCUGCUACACAGAGCCUCCCAUUGAUCACUCUGACAAUAAGGGUAUGAUUGUCGGCCUUGCAGUUGGGCUAAUUGUUCUUGCUGGGAUCAUCAUCUUCAUCGUCCUUGUUAUGCUGAACCAAAAUCAUAAUAAAAUGAAUCAGCAGCUAUUUGUGAACGAUGACGAUACGAUUAACCAGAACUCAGUGUUUGACCUGUAUGACUGCAGAAUAGAUGGCACGCAACAUGGCACUGAAUCUGACUUCUCCUUCUUUAACAAGAUUUAUGAUCCAUCGCCGCAAGCAAGGGAGGCCACCACUUCAUCGACUGACGCUUAGGCCAGAUGUUUUUCUGUCAAAGUAAAUAA